GGGAUACUACAAAAGGAGAACAAGUUUCCCAAAACGGUUUGCCGGCUGAACAGGGAUCUCCACGGAUGGCAGAAACGGUGGACACAAGCGAAAUGGUCAACGGCGCUACAGAACAAAGGACGAGCUCUAAAGAGUCCAGCCCCAUCCCUUCCCCGACCUCUGAUCGCAAAGCCAAGACUGCCCUCCCAGCCCAGAGUGCGGCCACCUUACCAGCCAGAACCCAGGAGACGCCUUCAGCCCAGAUGGAAGGCUUCCUCAAUCGGAAACAUGAGUGGGAGGCCCACAAUAAGAAAGCCUCAAGCAGGUCCUGGCACAAUGUUUAUUGUGUCAUAAAUAACCAAGAAAUGGGUUUCUACAAAGAUGCAAAGACUGCUGCUUCUGGAAUUCCCUACCACAGCGAGGUCCCUGUGAGUUUGAAAGAAGCUGUCUGCGAAGUGGCCCUUGAUUACAAAAAGAAGAAACACGUAUUCAAGCUAAGACUAAAUGAUGGCAAUGAGUACCUCUUCCAAGCCAAAGACGAUGAGGAAAUGAACACAUGGAUCCAGGCCAUCUCUUCGGCCAUCUCCUCUGAUAAACAUGAGGUGUCUGCCAGCACCCAGAGCACGCCAGCAUCCAGCCGGGCGCAGACCCUCCCCACCAGCGUCGUCACCAUCACCAGCGAGUCCAGUCCCGGCAAGCGGGAAAAGGACAAAGAGAAAGACAAAGAGAAGCGGUUCAGCCUUUUUGGCAAAAAGAAAUGAACUCCUUUCCUUCACCUCCUGCCCUUCUCUUACCUUUUCAGUGAAAUUCCAGCAUGCAAGCUCAGAACCAACACAUUACUCUCUGUGCCUAAUGUUCCUCAAUGUGGUUAAUUUUUUUUUUUUUUUUUUUUUUUAAUUUAUAGAGCAUUUCUGGGGGGUGGGGGAAACACACCUAAACACUUUAUCUCCAAGUUACAAAAGUUUGAGGUGCAGAGGGAAGGCCAGAUUUUUUUUUAUUGAAAUUAUAUAGAUUAGAUCUCAGUAUUUAAACUGUUCCUCAAUUUUGUGAGGCUGUGUUGGAAAUAACCCGCCUCUAGUGCUGUUGGUAUGCAAGGCAGCGGUGCUUAAUAUUUCCUGUGCUUACCAGAGACAAAAUGUACCAAUAUCCUGACACCAUUCUCUCUCCAUUUACUUCCGGUGGUUACCCUGAGUCUUGACUAUUAGAAGUGCCCAAGAUGGGGCUAACCUUUAUUAAACAGAUCACAUAUUAUGAUCUUGCUGCAGCCACAGUGCAGCUCCACAUUAACUCUACAGACCAAACCAUUUGUAUCUGGCAUCACUUACUAACACAUGACAUGCGGCUUUUCUGCAUCAACUGCUAUGACGGUUAAGAAUGUCAGUAUACAAGAAGGAAUAGAAAACUGAUACUGUUUUAAAUAAUCUGUAAUUUCAAUUUUUUUUUUUUUUUUUUUUGCUGAAAUACAUUAUAUUGUAUGUUUGAGAUAAUUCUAGUACAAAGUAUAAUAAAACUAGAUGUAUAAUAAACCCUUUAAAUCGUUGGUAAGUGUACAAGUGGUGGAACUGAAGCAUUUACUGGACAAAGUAAUGUUACUUUAAUGGUUACUUGCUCGUGCGUUGCCACACUGUGUUAUAAUUUGCUUCAUUUCCUUGCUAUUUGAUACAUAGUGUGCAUUUCUCUGUCACUGUAUCUAUUGUAAUGACAAAUUUUCAUCUUACUGCACAAUCAAAAUGACAUUGAUAGGAAUGAACUCCAGAGGCUGGGCCUGAACAGGGAGGUGGUCUCUCAGGCCUGGUGCUCAGUCGUACGACCUGUACCUCUCAACUUUUGCCCUAUCUGUUAAAUAUAUGCUAUGUCAUUAAAUGCUUUUAAAUCUA